AUGGUCUGGCACGGGGACCCGCAGGGGCAGGUGGGCAGCUGCCUCCCACGGCAACAGUUCAACACCAAACCUAAUCAAUUCAUGUGCUUCUCCACCAACUACCUCGGCCAUCUGUCCGGACCUGAACUACACACCACACAGGAACACAGCAGCGCUACGAUGUUCACUCCGCUUUACCCAGCCUCCCCCAGUCACCCCAGUCUCUACCUGCCUGCCCCUAUCUUCCCCCAGCCUCCCCCAGUCUCCCCCAGCCUCUACCUGCCUGCCCCUAGCUUUACCCAGCCUCCCCCAGUCUCCCCAGUCUCUACCUGCCUGCCCCUAGCUUCCCCCAGCCUCCCCCAAUCUCCCCAGUCUCUACCUGCCUGCCCCUAUCUUUACCCAGCCUCCCCCAGUCUCCCCAGUCUCUACCUGCCUGCCCCUAGCUUCCCCCAGCCUCCCCCAGUCUCCCCCAGUCUCUACCUGCCUGCCUCUAGCUUCCCCAUGCCUCCCCCAGUCUCCCCCAGCCUCUACCUGCCUGCCCCUAGCUUUACCCAGCCUCCCCCAGUCUCCCCCAGCCUCUAUCUGCCUGCCCCUAGUUUCACCCAGCCUCCCCCAGUCUCCCUCAGCCUCUACCUGCCUGCCCCUAGCUUCCCCCAGCCUCCCCCAGUCUCCCCCAGCCUCUAUCUGCCUGCCCCUAGUUUCACCCAGCCUCCCCCAGUCUCCCCCAGACUCUACCUGCCUGCCCCUAGCUUCACCCAGCCUCCCCCAGUCUCUACCUGCCUGCCCCUAGCUUCACCCAGCCUCCCCCAGUCUCCCCCAGUCUCUACCUGCCUGCCCCUAGCUUCCCCCAGCCUCCCCCAGUCUCACCCAGUCUCUACCUGCCUGCCCCUAGCUUCCCCCAGCCUCCCCCAGUCUCUCCCACUUCACCCAGCCUCCCCCAGUCUCCCCAGUCUCUACCUGCCUGCCCCUAGCUUUACCCAGCCCCCCCCCCCAGUCUCCCCAGUCUCUACCUGCCUGCCCCUAUCUUCCCCCAGCCUCCCCCAGGCUCCCCCAGCCUCUACCUGCCUGCCCCUAGCUUCACCUAGCCUCCCCCAAUCUCCCCAGUCUCUACCUGCCUGCCCCUAUCUUUACCCAGCCUCCCCCAGUCUCCCCAGUCUCUACCUGCCUGCCCCUAGCUUCCCCAUGCCUCCCCCAGUCUCCCCCAGCCUCUACCUGCCUGCCCCUAGCUUUACCCAGCCUCCCCCAAUCUCCCCAGUCUCUACCUGCCUGCCCCUAGCUUCCCCCAGCCUCUACCUGCCUGCCCCUAGUUUCACCCAGCCUCCCCAAUCUCCCCCAGCCUCUACCUGCCUGCCCCUAGCUUCCCCCAGUCUCCCCCAGUCUCCCCCAGUCUACCCCAGUCUCUACCUGCCUGCCCCUAGCUUCACCCAGCCUCCCCCAGUCUCUACCUGCCUGCCCCUAGCUUCACCCAGCCUCCCCCAGUCUCCCCCAGUCUCUACCUGCCUGCCCCUAGCUUCCCCCAGCCUCCCCCAGUCUCCCCCAGUCUCUACCUGCCUACCCUUAGCUUCACCCAGCCUCCCCCAGUCUCUACCUGCCUGCCCCUAG